GCUUGGUAAAGGGUAUUUCUUUGACAAAACUCGUCAGGUUCAAGUAAUAAAUAAUCCUUCUUUAGAAAUAAAUAAAUCAAAAUCCUUACUUUGAAAGCAAAAUGAUAUAGAAUGCAUAUACAAUAAAGAAAGAUUAAGCAAGCAAUUCAAUGUAACUGUUGGCCUCUUUGUCAUUCUUGUGAGGAAGUAAAGCAGAGCUUGGAGUAAUGCCACGAGAAGACGAUGAGUUUGAGAUCACCCUUCUGAGAAGGCAACUUGAAGCUUCUUUGGUGAGCAAUGGUUCAUUGGCAAAAGAAAAUGAUGAGCUCAGACAAGAAGUGACUCGUCUAAAAGCUCAGAUAAGCUCUCUUAGAGCACACAACCAUGAGAGGAAGUCUAUGCUUUGGAAGAAACUGCAGAAUUCAAUGGACGGCAACAACAAUAUUGAUGUGUCCCAACAGAAGCCGUCGUUUUUGGUCAACUUAUCAGGGCAGCAGAGUCCAGCAAUGGAGAAACGACAUCAAAAGCAAGAGUUUUCAGAAUCAGAAUUCACCAAGGAAAGACCUGCCAAGGCUCCUAAUCCACCACCAAGCCCGCCGCCUUCUUUAACUUCUCCACCUCUGCUCAUGGAAGUCAAGGACAACAAAGUGUCAUCGGCCCCAUUAGCAGGGCCACCACCUCCACCACCGCCUUUGCCUUCGAAAGCACUUGUUGGUUCCAAGGCAGUGCGGCGUGUUCCAGAAGUGAUGGAGCUCUACCGUUCACUGACGAGAAGAGAUGCUAACAUGGAGAACAAAAGUAGUGCUGCAAAAGUUCCAGCCUUUGCACUUACUAGGAACAUGAUUGGAGAGAUCGAACACCGAUCAACUUACAUCUCAGCUGUGAAAUCAGAGGUAGAAAAGCAGGCAGAGUUCAUUAACUUGUUGAUAAGGGAAGUGGACUCUGCAGCCCACAAGAGGAUUUCUGAUGUGGAAGCGUUUGUAACUUGGCUUGAUGAGCAACUAUCUUCCUUGGUCGAUGAAAGAGCUGUCCUCAAACAUUUCCCACAGUGGCCAGAACGAAAAGCAGAUACCCUGCGUGAGGCUGCUUUCAACUACAGAGACCUAAGGAACCUGAAAUCCGAAGUUCAGUCGUUCGAGGACAACCCGAAAGAGCCACUUAGCCAGGCCUUGAGGAAGAUGCAAGAAUUGCAAGACAGGUUGGAGAGGAGUAUCAACAAUGUAGAAAGGACAAGGGAAAGUACCGGUAAGAGGUAUAGGGAUCUCAAGAUCCCAUGGGAUUGGAUGCUCGACACAGGACUCAUUGGCGAGAUGAAAUUAAGUUCACUAAGACUGGCCAGAGAGUACAUGAAGAGAAUAACCAAAGAAUUGCAAUCUAAUGAAUGCACAAGAGAAGAAAAUCUUCUUCUUCAAGGAGUUCGAUUCGCUCAUCGCAUCCACCAGUUUGCAGGUGGAUUCGAUGGAGAGACCAUACAAGCGUUUCAAGAACUAAAGAGAGUAGGACUAGCAUGAUGUGAUCUGGUAAAACCAUUGACACAACAACAGCUAUUGGAAUCAAAGCAAUGAGCAAAUGCAGUGUAUUGAGAAAAGGGCUUGUUUUCUUUUUUACUUUUUGGGUUUUCGAACACAUUAUCUCGCCAACUUUGUAGAUCGAAUUUGAAGAUAACUAGUGAUCUCACCUGAUAAAAUUUAAUACUUUCCUUUA